UUUAUGAACACUAUAAUUACCAGCAAUUAUUCGAUUCAUCAAUGAAGCAACAGUGGUUUUUUAUUUUGAUUUACAUUAAUAUUUGAGGGUUUCUUAGUAGAGAAAAAGGGAAAUAUUUUCUGGGGAUUUUGGGGAAUCUUUUUCGUUUUUAUUUUGGGUUUCAGUUCAAAGUUAAAAAAAGAGAAAUGGGGAAAGGGAAAGUCUCAAAUUCCAGCCAUAAUGAGAGCAAUGACAAUGAAACCAAGCUGGUUUUGAAUAUCUAUGAUCUCACUCCUAUGAACAAUUACUCUUAUUGGAUUGGUUUUGGGAUUUUCCAUUCCGGCAUUGAAGUUCAUGGUAAAGAGUACGGGUUCGGGGCUCAUGAUUUUUCAAUCAGUGGCGUUUUUGAAGUGGAACCGAAGUGCUGCCCUGGUUUUUCUUAUCGAUGUUCGAUCUCGUUGGGAAGGAUAAACAUGUCGUCCUCCGAUUUCAGAGCGUUCAUCGAGAACUUGGCUUCCGACUAUCAUGGAAAUACCUAUCACCUCAUCUCCAAGAACUGCAACCACUUUUCAGAUGACAUUGUUUAUAAACUAACCGGCAAACACAUCCCCAGAUGGGUGAACCGACUCGCUCGGCUAGGUUCCUUAUUCAGCUGCCUACUCCCAGAAAGCCUUCAAGCAACUAGAGUGAAGAAGGUGCCUGAAUACCACCAAAUUGAAGGAAACGAAACUCUGUCGACCACCACCCCCAGCGAAAUCGACGAAACGGAACCGGAGAAUCCCUUGCUGUCUCCAAAAGAUGGAAGUGUAGAUAUAAAUUUUGUUAAAGCAGCCCCGAGUGAUUGCAAGGCCGAAAUGCCUUAAAAAGAACAAUGAACUUAUAUUCUUGGGGCUUUCUUUUUUUUUUUCCAUUUAAAUGUUUGUGUAAUAUUUUCCCAUAUUUGUCCCCAAUUUUUUAUCUUCAUUUUUUCUUCUUUAUCCAGCUUUUUUUAACUAGGCUGAAGAAUUUGGCAUUUGAAAUAUAGUUUGUUAAUUUUUUUUUAUUAUGAUAUUUUGUGAU